AUGAGAUUGACCGUCGACAACAUCAACCAGCACAUUGUUGCUGCCAAGUACGCCGUCCGCGGUGAGCUCGCUGUCAAGUCCGAGGAGUACCGAGCAAAGAUCGCCGCUGGCGACGCCGCCGACCUCCCCUUUGAGCAUGUCAUCUCGGCCAACAUCGGAAACCCUCAGCAGCUCGACCAGAAGCCCCUGACCUUCUUCCGCCAGGUCGCCAGUAUCCUCGAGAACCCCCAGCUCCUCCAGAGCGAGGAGGCUCUCGUCGAGCACCUCGGCUACAAGACCGAUGUCAUUGAGCGCGCCAAGUGGCUCCUGAGCAAGGUUGGCUCUGUCGGUGCCUACAGCGCCAGCACUGGUGUCCCCGCCAUCCGCGAGAGCGUCGCCAAGUUCAUUGAGCGCCGUGAUGGCUUCCCUGCCGACCCCUCCAAGAUCUACCUCUCCGCCGGUGCCUCGUCCGGUGUGAACACGCUCCUCCACACCAUCUGCGCCAACCCCAACACCGGCAUCCUCAUCCCCAUCCCCCAGUACCCUCUCUACACUGCCACCCUCGCUCUCCUCAACGCCAAGGCUGUCCCCUACCUCCUUGACGAGUCCAAGAACUGGGGAACCGACCUCGAGAUCAUCCGUGCCUCGUACGACAAGGCCGUCGAGGAGGGCAUCGACGUCCGAUGCAUCGUCAUCAUCAACCCCGGCAACCCCACCGGUGCCUCUCUCCCCGAGGAGGACAUCCGCGCCGUCCUCGAGUUCGCCAACGAGAAGAACCUGGUCGUCAUGGCCGACGAGGUCUACCAGACCAACGUCUUUGUUGGCAAGUUCCACAGCUUCAAGGCCGUCCUCCGACGUCUCCAGGAGGAGAACCCCGGCAAGUUCGACGGCCUCGAGCUCGCCUCCCUCCACAGUAUCUCCAAGGGCAUGGUCGGCGAGUGCGGUCACCGUGGUGGUUACUUUGAGCUCGUCAACUUCGACCCCGAGGUCGAGGCCAACAUCUACAAGUUCAUCUCCAUCAUGCUCUGCUCCCCCGUCAUCGGACAGUGCAUCGUCGAGCUCAUGGUCAACCCCCCCAAGGAGGGCGAGCCCUCGUACGAGCUCUACCAGAAGGAGUACAACGGCAUCUUCGAGGGUCUCCGCGAGCGUGCCACCGCCCUGCACAAGGCCUUUGCCGAGAUGGAGGGUGUCGAGUGCGCCGCUCCCCAGGGCUCCAUGUAUCUCUUCCCCACCAUCACCCUCCCCGAGAAGGCCGCCGAGGCCGCCGCCGCUGAGGGCCGGAAGCCCGACGAGUUCUACUGCAUGCGCCUCCUCGAGGCCACCGGUAUCUGCGUCGUCCCCGGCGCCGGCUUCGGCCAGAAGGAGGGCACCCUCCACUUCCGAACCACCUUCCUGGCCCCCGGCACCGAGUGGGUUGGCAGCAUCGUCAAGUUCCACCAGGAGUUCCUCGACAAGUACCGAUGA